UUACAUGAAGUACUUACCGUCAGCUGCAACCACUGCCGCUGUACGUUAUGAGCGCUUGCUCAAUGUAUGCUUUAACCUCCAUUUUGAAUCUUCUCAGACCAUGGAAAGCAAGUAGCUCAAAUUUUAGUCAUUUUAAAAAGUUUCAAAGAGUUUUAAAGUUUAUAUUAACAAGCGAACAACAUGGCACAGCAAAACACAGGUAAAUAUAGUUUUAUUUUUGUAAAAGGCAUUGAGUAUUAACCCCUUUAAAUACUUUAAUAAAAUAGAAUGUAAAAUCCGCAUCACCGCUUGGAGAAGAACGUUUCGCAAAAACACAAAUGACAAAAUAUAUAAAAACGCAGUGAAGUUCUAUUGCGGAGAGAAGUUUGUUUAGUUCCCCAAUGGAUAGUAAGCUUGUUACAAUCAAUAUCCAAAAUAUAUAAAAUGAGGGAAAUUUUACCAUAUCCAAGCAGACCAAGCAUUCAACCAUUGGAUAAACAUACUGAAUAUUUAAAACAUUAAUACUAUCAGAACACUUGCCGGAAAGUACUUACAUUGCUCCGAUAGAGUAGUCUGGAAAGUACCAAAAAUCUGAUAACCAGUGGAAAUUUCAUAGUUUGGCAGUGAAGUAAGUGUUUGACCCAGUUUUGAAAAUGGUAUGUUUUUGCCGUUGGCCUGAUGGAUGACAUGGAUCUUCUGUCAGGAAGAUGCAUUAUCUGUUAUCAGUGUGGAAAGUUUGUAUCGCGUGGUGGAGAUAUCGGCCAUACAAUUUUUAUGUUUUCUAUAUAUUUACUGUUAAAUUUUCGAAAUCUCUGGCAACACAAUUUCUAAACUUUUCAGUCAGGAUCUGUCACACAGUUGAUAGAACGCUAACAGCCUGAUAAUUAAAUUGUUAACAAUAUUAAAGGUUCUUAUUAAACGGUUAAACAAUAUGCAUUGGCAGCAUCGAUUAAAAACCUAUUAAGUGGCAGCAUUCUCCCCUUGACGAGUGAAAUUGCAUUCAAUGUUAGACAUUGUAAAAUAAUAAAGUUUAGUAUAAAUUUUGCAUAUCAAAUGAGCUUUUGCGCAUUCUGAUUGGCUAGUUGACUAGUAAAUCUGAGGCAUUAUUUACUAGCAGACUAGUAAAUAAUGCUUUUCAAAAAGAAUGAUUCAGCAAAUUUGGUUUCAAAAUCGACAAAAUAUUGAAAAAAUCGUCCCAGAAAACGAAAAAAGCACAAAAUGUUGAAUUUAACUUGAAAGGUAAGAUUUCUUUAUUAUUUUACUGUGUCAAACAUAUUCAUGGACAAUUUAAAACUUAUUUAAAACUCCGAAACAUUCGCUUCAAACAAAUAGCAAAAACUAUCCCGACUGUUGGGAAAAGCCGCGAUAUUCUUUUUAAAAAAUUUUGUUUUGUAUCCUACAAUGAAUUUCCCAAUUUGUACGACACUAUUUCUUUUAAUAUGUCAUGUUUUCAUUGUGCUGUAAGGUGUCCUGACCGCUGUACUGUGUUUUCGAAACUUGUUAUAAAGUAAAAAGUGUUAUUAAACUUUAUUUCGAACGAUAUAGUUUUACAUUUCAAUUUACCAAAUUCCUCAGCCAUUUCCUGAAGAAAUUAAUGCUAAACAGAAACUAUUUUUAAUUUUGAAAGAGUCAUUCCGUUAUUGUGUUUAUAUUCCAAGCAGAAAUCGGGAAAAACAACUUUGUAAUAAAGCAAUAGUCACACAAGAAGCCAUUUUGAAAGCGUGUGCGUACAAGAAACACUGCAACACUAUUAGUGAAAAGGCCGAAAACAAUUCUAUUUCUGAAAUUUAAUUGAACUGAUAUUCGGAUAUUUUAUUUUAUUCGUUAAAAAUUUAUACUAAAACAAUUAUUCGCCUCAGGCUCAGUGAUUACGGUGAAUAUUCACCUCGACUUUGUCUCGGUGAAUAUUCACCGGUAAUCACUUCGCCUUCGGCGAAUAAUUGUUAAAUAACAGGAUGCAUUAGCAGAUAGUCUGAUUAACCAGGCCAUCGAAGAAGGGUAGAAGUGUGAUGAAUCACACUCCUCGAUUGGGAGACAUGCAGCAACAUGCGAUCAUUUUUUUGUUCUGAAUGCACCGAGCAUUUCAUUAUUGCAAGACCUGUAACUAAUUUCUCCAAUGCUGCAACUGAUUACGUAUAGUUUUUUCAACAAGUUUGCAAUAAAUCUUCUUAUAGUAAGUGACUGACUGUCACUGACAUGGAAUGAAAUGCCAAGCAAACAGUUUAUUUAAAUUACAUAACAUUAAAUACACUUUGCAUUUCAGCCUAAUUGACUGAGGCAUGUGAUAAAUCAAGCUUUUUGAUAAGCUAGAGCUGUGCGCCGGAGAAUUUUCAUGUGUUUAAAUUGGCAUUUACACAUGAAAAACUAAAGAGAUUUUUUGUUUGAAAUUUGAUAACAUCUUCAAAAUACCGGUAUCUUACGUUUAAUUCUUGUGUGAGUACUGAGUAGCGUGUUGUGUCUUUUUUUACUGUGGUUUCAAUUUUCCAAAGUAUUUUUAUAAAAAAACUUGUUCACUCGCUUUGUUCGUUUUUUUUUUUGUCGGUUUUUGGAGAAACCGCCUCACGCUAAUCAUUUGUUGAUAGCUAACCUGAAUUAUUAGGCCUGCCAUUAUUAGACACACUAUUAAGAAACUGUGGCAUGAUUGGUGACUCAGUAUUUUGAAUUAAAGAUGAUGUACAAUCUGGUAAAUCAUAUAAGGACUAACAAAAAUAUCCUGUGGUCAUAUCCCAAAAAAAUAGUGUUGGUGGGUUUGGAAAAUAAUUUUUUUCGGAUUUUUUUUUUUGCUUGACAUUGUUCAACAAUUGGAAUGAGUGUUAUCGGUUGGCAUUAGCCAUUACCACAACACAAAACCUUUCAAGAAGCAAUCAUAGCCGAACCCCCUUAUUACGUGUUCUGAAUACAACUGCCAUGACAAUUUGCGGGUAUUUUCUUCAUUAUGCAAUAACAUGUCCGAAAAGCAUGCUGGUGGUUGUAUUCAGAAUAUGCAAUAAGGGGAACUGGCUAUUGUGAGCAAUAACACAAUUGUUUCAUAAAGUGAGGAACAACAAAAACAAGGUGGGUAGGUAUGCAAACUACUCAUCCAAAAAAACAUGACUGAGUUCGUGCAAAACUUGAAAGUCAUUGAAUUUGAAAACAAAAGUUCAAGGCAUUGAAAGUACUUGUCAAUGAAUUUACUGGUAUAAAGAAGGUUUAAAAAUCCUUAAAUGAUACAUGCUUCAGUUUUUUUAAUAUUUUCUGAAAUUGUUUCGCUUUGAAAAACAGGUUUUUCUUGAAUUGAUUUUGUUUACAUCUUACAAUUUACAAUUUACAAUUUACAAGCCUGUUGAUAUUUACAAACUAAGCUGUUGAUUAUCCGCAAUUUACGAAGCUGUUGAUUAUCCGCGUUAUGAUACGGAUAAUGUGUAUGAUACCCAAAUGGGAUGUAUUUCACUUUUUAAUUAUUCCAGCCCUUUAGUUCUUGAAUUCCUGAUACAUGGCCUUGAAAGUCCUCGAAUUUUAAUUACUCUUCCUAACGUGUAUGAACCCUGGCAUUGGGGUUGCCAGAUAAACAAGGGUCAGCCUGGAAACCAGAACCACAGGGUAAUUUUUAAAAGGCCUAGAAAAUAUAUUUGUCUUCCUGGCAGCAAAAUCCAAAAAUAAAAAUUUCCUGCGUAAGUCAAUUAUAAGACUUCCUGCAUCGUAAAUUGCAGAGAACGGAUGGUGUCGCACAUCAGCAGGCCUGAAUAUUAGCGGCCGGUCACAGACAUUGUCCGGUACAAAUCCGAAAUUUCAACCGUUUUGACAGGUACUAUUUCGAUUGCGUCGGUCACUUUGUCCGGUACAUGGUUCGGCAAAAAUCAUUGUCCAUUUUGGGACAAGGAACCUUAAACCGAUCGUCUUUUAACUUUUUGAGAGCAAUUGUGCAUGUUGACACAUGAGAUUGACUAAAAUAAUUAUUUCGCAAAGAAUCGAAAGAUUGCAUAAAUAGCACGCAUUGGUGUUGCGAGUUUCUCGCGAGAAACUCGCGAUAUCGAGUCCAGAAUGCGAGUGGCGAUGAAGCGUGGCGCCAUUGUAACAAACUAAAGUAUAGUCAUAGUUAUUAUUUGAGCAUUUGGACUUAUUCAUUUUUGUAGAGAUAGACAUGAUUUAUUGAUUUCGUGACCUCAUUCACUAACUUGACCACUUGAGUUCAAUUAUUUGUUUCUAAACUUUCUAUAAAAUUUAAUAUAAAUAAAUAAAUAAAUGCUCCCAGUAUUAGCACUUAUUAAUUUCUUCAACUGCAGCACUAGCUAGUCUAGCUACAUGCCUACAUAUGACUUUUGCGUGUCCUAUUUACUAUUAGUCACUAUUAUUUUAGUAAUUAGUAUGGAACCAAAUAUACCGAUGCUUGUUUUGGUGACCUAUACAUUUUAUUUUGUGACAGGCACAAUUUCAUUGAUGCUGGUCAUUGUGACAGGCAGGACACAAAAAAAUUAUAUUCAGGCCUGCGCACAUGAGAUAAACUUUGAUCUCAGUACAAGACAGUCUCGACCUGCAAAAUGCUUUUGGACUUUUUAAACAAUAAGUAAAUUAUAUGGCAUUUCAGUUUAUAAGAUGACAGGAAUUUCCUGGCAGCGGUGCUGCUGGCGCUGCCGGACAUUUUCCAGUACUGGUUUUGUCUUAAAAAGAAAUCAUUGAAUAGCUAUAAAUAUUUCAAUUUUAUGUUAAAAUUUUGUUUUAGUGUAUGGUGCCGCAAACCCAAAUUAUGGUUAUGGUCAAGACAGUGGAUAUGGUGCUUACCAACCACCCCACCCACCAAUGCCUAGCAGUUAUGGCAAUGAUAACACAUAUGGUGGUCAUUAUGCUACCUUUAAUUCUGGUUAUGACCAACCUGCACCUACAUACCACAGCACAGGGUCAUAUGGGGCCAUUGGUGAACCUGUGAAACCGGCAGGGAUUGUUCCUGGACAGUUUUCAUCACCACCACAAGAAUCUAACUGGCAAGGCUAUGAUAAUUAUGGUGGAAAUACCCAACAGUAUGGUAUGGAUAAUGGGUACAAUACUCAAAUGGGAUAUAAUGAAUAUUCAACACAAAGCAACUACCAACAAGAUAGUGUCCCUCCAAGCUACGGGUUUGCCAACAAUAGUGGUGGGACUGGGGGUUAUCGGGGACGUGGUGGAAUUCAACAGGGUCGUGGUGGAUUUGAUGGGACAGAUGGAUACAGUAGGGGUGGUAGAGGUGCAGGGAGGGGUAGAGGUAGAGGGCAGUAUGGUGGUGAAGGACAGAUUGAAGGUGAUAAUAUGGGUAGUGGAGGUGGUGCCAGUGGCAGAGGAAACAGAGGUAGGGGUAGAGGACAAUUUGAGAGUGGUAAUAGAGGUAGAGGGCAAUUUGAUGGUGGAAACAGGGGUCAGUUUGGUGGCGAGAACAGAGGUAGGGGUGGUAGCAGAGGAAGAGGGUAUGUUAGUGGAGAGAACGUGAGUGGAGGGCAGUUUGAUAAAGGAAGAGGGCAAGGUUAUGGUGGUAACAGGGGAAGAGGCAAGUUUGAAGGUGGAAAUAGAGGUAGGGGAGACGGUGUUAAUAGAGGACGAGGGCGGUCCGAUGGUGGGAACAGGGGCAGAGGUCAGUUUGGUAGUACCAGAGGCAGAGGAUGGGUGCCAGAAGGUUCACAAGGUUUGGGACAGGAUGCUCCAAGGGGUAGAGGUCAGGUUGGGGCAAGAGGUAGAGGUGGGGCAAGGGGCAAUGGACAAACUGGAAUCAGAGGUAGGGGACAAGAUGGUGGAAGGGGGCAACGUGGUGGUGCACGCGGAAGAGGACAGUACGAUGCUACCAGGGGAAAUGGACAAGCUAGCAGAGGUCGUGGAAGAGGCAAUGGUGGCAUUUCUGUUCUACCUGGUAUCAAGACAAUAAAACCAUUUAAAAGUUAGUAAAUAUAUGUCCAUAAAUUUUUAUUAGCAUUCUCCCCUCGACAAACCAAAUAUUCUGGUGUUGGACAAAGUAAAAUGAUAGAGUACAAGGACUAUUAACAAGACACCAAGUGGUUAACCAUUAGUUAGUUUGGUUAACUCAUUGGUAUGCAACCCUCGAUGAGUAAAACAUGUUGUUUACUUUAUACAGUGUAUACAUGAGGGCAAUAGAUAUACCAUACCUUGUACAAAGUUUUAGAAUCAGAAAUUCAAAUUGAUCAACACUAUCCCCUUCAAAAGUAAAAUCAUCUGGCAUUAGAGGGAAGAAUGCAUUCAGGUGCAGUAGUUAGUUAACAUUUAGUCAUUCAUGAACAGUUAGAUUUGCUAACCCAUGAAAUGACCAUCACUUUCCCUUGACAAGUAAAAUUGUCUGUUUGGUUACACUUUAAGAGGC